UGCAGCAUCGCAUCAUUUCCGUUCUUCUCUAAUUUCGUAUCUAUGUAGAAAGGGAAUAAUGGCAUCGAAUGAAAUUUCGUGAGAUGGAAACUUCAGAUUUUCUAUUAAUUAUUAUGUUUGUAUUUUAUAGUCAAAUAAAUGCAGAAAAUGUAAGUUGCAGCAUGAAUCUUCCUCCGGUGGAAAAUGGAGAAUAUGAAGUAUCGUCCAAGUACGAUGACAACGUUUCUGUGGGAACAAUAAUUCAUGUCAUUUGCAAAAUGGGAUAUUCGUUGAAAGAUACCAGGGUUAAUUGUUCGGGAAAUGGAACCUGGUUUCCUGAUCGUAUUUAUUGUAGAGCUGUUGACAAUGAAAUAUCAUAUGUGGCUAUUAUAUUUGUAUGUAUUGCUAGCGGUGUCAUUGUCGUCAUUAUAUUAAUGAUAACAGUUAUAAUACUUCACAGGAAAAGAAGAAGCAAAUGCAAAGAAAGAAUACCGAGAUGGACAAGAAAUCAACAAGAACGUCGGCAAAAAUCGUCAUCGGAACUUGUCGAGAGGAUAUAUAAAGAACUAGUAGAAAGUAGAAGAGGUCUUCAAUCGUUCCAUCAGUUCUCAGCAGCACAGGCUUGGACACGUAAAAAAAUGCGUGCUAGUAAAAAAUCUCGAAAAAAUUCGGAUCAGGAGAAUUCGGAUAAAGAGAGAUCAAAUACAACUGUAAACAAUAUCACAGGAGAUAAUUGUGAAAACAUGACAAAUAAAUAUUGUAUUAAACAGCAUAUUUAUUAUAAUUUCAAGGAAAAUUUUAGUAAUUCGAAUGAAGGAUGUACUAGUAAUAAUUUAUCUCAUAAUGUGAUAAAUAUUAAAAAACUCCCUCAUACUUAUGUAAAUGUAUAAUUUAUGUUUUAUUCUAACUUAUGAUUAUUAUUUCUUGUUAAAAAUAUUAAAGAAUCGUUAUUAUUUUAAGAUUUAAAGCUAUGUAUUUAUUUUCGUAUUUAACU